CUUGGUCACAUUGUUUGGGGUCCUUGCGGAGGACUCGGCGGGUCUCCCGGGUCGAAACAACCGAAUUGAAAAAUACGAUAAAAAAACUGAAGGAAAUAUUUGCUGAAAUCAACUUAUUGGAUAUCGUCGGACCGUUGUUCGACCCACAAUGAAUCUCGAACUCCUGGAAUCUUUUGGGCAGAACUAUCCUGAGGAGGCAGAUGGAACGCUGGACUGCAUCAGCAUGGCCCUCACCUGCACCUUCAACCGCUGGGGGACCCUACUGGCGGUGGGCUGCAACGACGGACGUAUUGUCAUCUGGGACUUCCUGACACGCGGCAUUGCCAAAAUCAUCAGUGCACACAUACACCCCGUCUGCUCCUUAUGUUGGAGUCGAGACGGCCACAAGCUGGUGAGCGCGUCCACAGACAACAUCGUGUCACAGUGGGAUGUGCUGACGGGCGACUGUGACCAACGCUUCCGCUUCCCCUCGCCCAUCCUCAAGCUACAGUGCCACCCCAGAGACAUGGACAAAGUGCUGGUGUGUCCCAUGAAGUCGGCGCCGGUGCUGCUCACCCUGUCCGACUCCAAACACGUGGUCCUGCCCGUGGACGAUGACUCGGACCUCAACGUGGUGGCGGCCUUUGACAGGCGGGGCGAGUACAUCUACACCGGCAAUGCCAAAGGAAAGAUUCUGGUGUUGAACACAGACACUCAGGACCUGGUGGCGUCGUUCCGAGUCACCACUGGCACCAGCAACACCACCGCCAUUAAAUCCAUCGAAUUUGCACGCAAAGGCAGUUGCUUCCUCAUCAACACAGCGGACCGCAUCAUCCGGGUUUACGACGGCAGGGAGAUUCUGACGUGCGGCCGUGACGGCGAGCCAGAACCCAUGCAGAAGCUCCAAGACCUGGUCAACAGGACUCCAUGGAAGCGCUGCUGCUUCUCCGGGGACGGCGAGUACAUCGUUGCUGGCUCGGCCCGGCAACACGCCCUCUACAUCUGGGAGAAGAGCAUCGGCAACCUGGUGAAGAUCCUGCACGGCACGCGAGGCGAACUGUUGCUGGACGUGGCCUGGCAUCCCGUGCGCCCCAUCAUCGCCUCCAUCUCAAGCGGAGUGGUGUCCAUCUGGGCCCAAAACCAAGUGGAAAAUUGGAGCGCUUUUGCUCCCGACUUCAAAGAGCUGGAUGAGAACGUCGAGUACGAGGAGCGAGAAUCUGAGUUUGAUAUUGAGGACGAGGACAAGAGUGAACCCGAGCAGACAGGUGCGGACGCGGCCGAGGACGAGGAGGUGGACGUCACCACGGUGGACCCCAUCGUGGCUUUUUGCAGCAGCGAUGAGGAGCUGGAAGAUUACAAGGCUCUGUUGUACCUUCCCAUCGCCCCCGAGGUGGAGGACCCUGAGGAGAACCCCUUCGGCCCUCCACCGGACUCCACGCCUCAGGCCGGGGCCGCCGAGGAAAUGCAGGCGGGCGGCGACAAGAAACAGCGGCCGCCGUCCUCCGACGGAGCCCCGGCCAAGAAGAAGGCACGCACUACCAACAUCGAACUCCAGGGGGUGCCAGUUGAUGAGGUGCAUCCCCUGCUGGGCGUGAAGGGCGAUGGCAAGUCGAAGAAGAAGGCAGCGGGCCGGCCCAAAGGCUCCAAAGGUAAAGACAAAGACUUCCCCUUCAGACCCAAGCCCUACAGGGGGGGCGAGCGGCCGUCCUUCGCCAUGGACGUCCUGGGCAGCUCGGGCCCGGGAGGAGGAGGAGGAGGGAUGAAGGGCAGGGCAGAGGGGGGCCUGGCCACAGGGACGCUGGUGACGCAGACGUACAAGCAGCACGACAUAGGAGGAAUGGACUGAGGCGACAAAACAAAUAGAAGCACACAAUUCCUCUGUCACUUGCAGACUGGGAAGAAAAUGCGCUCUUUCCGACACCCACACCUUGGUCGGGACCACCAACAGGAGAGAUCACAUCCUAUGUUCUUUUUGACUUGUAUAGAAUUGAAUAUAGAAUUAAUGUGACUGUGUGUGUGUGUGUGUGUGUGUGUGUGUGUGUGUGUGUGUGUGUGUGUGCGUGCGUGCGUGUGUGCGUGCGUGCGUGCGUGUGCCUGUGCGCGCGCGCGUGUGCGUGCGUGUGCCCGCGCGCGCGCGCUACUUUUUAUACAUAUUAAAACAUUUUGGAAUUAAUCUCAAAUUAUCAGAAGCCGUGUUCAGUUUGACAAACUUGACUGGGAACUGCUACUGUCUGAUUGUAUUGACAUUGAAAUGAAUGGAAAAUGCCAUUCAAUGAAUCCAAUUGCAACAUGUCAUCUGAUAAAGUAAAUAACGAUGUGCAGUAGGCGUGGCUAGCUACCGGUUUCAAGCUUUGAAAAGUCCGUUUCAAAACCUCUGCGUCCUGCCAUCAGUUAUGAGCUGUUUUUGUUUUGUUUUUUUUUCUCAGUCAUCAACGCAGGCAAAGUGACAGGAUUAGAGCUGCGAUGAACGAUCAUUUUAAUAAUUGAUUAAAUCUGUCCAAUUUUUUCGAUAAUCGGACAAAAACAACUUUAAAUUUCUCUUAUUCAAAAACAGUACAUUCCUUCAAAUUGACAAUGCUGAAAAUGCAUAAACGUAAUAUGUCCGUUUAAAGUGGUUUUCUAAUUUUCCACAUGAAAAGUGAGGAAACAAAUACAUUGUGAAAAGAUUUGCUGUUCAUGAUUUGGUGGACAAUUAUUUGGGUCAAAUCCUACUAAACAAAGACUACCACACAACGUGUACACGGAAAAUGUACUGUAUGUAAGCCUUAAAUGAUGACCCCAGAGAAGUCCUUGUUCUUCUCUUUCAAAAUAAAACACUCAUCCCACGCGA